AACGCGUGAAAUGAAAAAUGGCGGAGUCUCUCUGUGGAGGUUCAUCAGAUGAAAAAGAUCCAGACAAGGACGGUUCGGAGCGGGUGGCGCGCUCUUGGAGAAAGAUGGUGGGGGCUGGCGGUGGUAAAGGCGUCCCUGAGACGGAAAUGGCGGAGACUCUGGGCUGUUAUGAUGGGCAGUGUGGGAAAGAGGAGCGGCGUGAACACUCAGAUGAAGAGGACGCAGAUGAGCCGUCUCUUUUGAGGUUCAUGUGUGCCGAGUUGACCAGAGGCUACUUCCUGGAGCACAACGAGGCCAAGUAUACGGAGCGCAGAGAGAGAGUGUACACGUGCAUGAGGAUCCCUAAAGAGCUGGAGAAGCUCAUGAUGUUCGGCUGCUUCCUGUGCCUGGACGCGUUCCUCUACGUGUUCACUUUGCUGCCCCUCCGCACCCUGCUCGCCUUCCUGAGACUGCUGACUAUCCCCUGCUGUAGCCUCGGCAGCUCUCGGUUCCUGCAGCCAGCCCAGGUGUGUGACCUGCUGAAGGGGCUGAUCAUGGUGCUGUGCUGCUCCAUGAUGCAUUACGUGGAUUACGCCAUGAUGUACCACCUAAUCCGAGGACAAUCCGUCAUCAAACUCUACAUCAUCUACAACAUGCUGGAGGUGACAGACAGCAGAGAGGCUGGAGGAGAUGAAAGACAGUGCAGAGAAGGUAGAGGAAGAGAGGCAGGAAGAGAGGAUGGAGGAGCGGAGGAGGUAGAGGAGGGGAAUACACAGCUGGAGGAGAUAGAGGAGGAGAUGGAGAAGCGGAAAGAGAGUUUAUUCCCAAGGAAAUUGAUGAACUUGGAGAGAGCAGCAGCAGGGAGAGCGCCAGUAACCAGGAGGACAUUUUGGACAAACCCAACCAACCUGACCCAAAAAUCAUUCCAGGUGGCGGACCGUCUCAUCUCCUCCUUCGGCCAGGACAUUCUGGACGCCCUGUACUGGACCGCCACCGAGCCGAAGUCCAGGAAGAGAGCUCACAUCGGAGUCAUCCCGCAUUUCAUCAUGGCUGUCUUCUACGUCUUCCUGCAUGCCAUCCUCAUCAUGGUCCAGGCCUCCACGUUAAAUGUGGCCUUCAACUCGCACAACAAGUCUCUGCUCACCAUCAUGAUGUCCAACAACUUUGUGGAGAUUAAAGGCAGCGUCUUCAAAAAGUUUGAGAAAAAUAACCUCUUUCAGAUGUCUAACAGCGACAUUAAGGAACGCUUCACUAACUGCAUCCUGCUGCUGAUUGUGUGUCUAAGGAACAUGGAGCAGUUCUCCUGGAACUCAGAUCACCUGUGGGUGCUGCUUCCAGACGUCUUCAUGGUGGUGGCCUCCGAGGUGGCCGUGGACGUCGUAAAGCACGCCUUCAUCACCAAAUUCAACGACAUCACUGCAGAUGUGUACAGUGAAUACAAAGCCAGCUUGGCCUUUGAGCUCGUCAGCAGCCGGCAGCAGUAUGCGUACACAGACUACAGUGACUCAGUGGCCAGGAGAAUGGGCUUCAUCCCACUGCCUCUGGCUGUUCUGCUGAUCCGAGUGGUGAUGAGCUCCGUGAAGAUCCAAGGAGCUCUUGCGUCUGUCAGCCUGCUGCUCUUCUACCUAGGGUUGAUCACACUGAAGGUGUUGAACAGUAUAGUUCUGCUGGGAAAAUCUUGUCACUAUGUUAAAGAAGCCAAUAUGGAAGGGAAGCUGUUUAAUAAACCCAAAUCUCCAGCUCCAAAAAAGAGCCCCGGAACACCCAGCCAUGCCGGAUCUCCCUCUCCGGGAGAUGAGUCCAAAGCCCAGCAUCCUGCCCCCUCCAUCACCAAGCAACCUACCCCACGCUCACCAGACCUCCUCCCCCCAGCUCCGGACCCCGUCACCAUGGAAACCAGCGAGCCUGCUCCAGAGAAUCCUUCUAAAGCAGAGGAGGACAGCAGCAAGACUCCUCACGGCACUGUGCUCAAACACAGAACCCCAAAGAAAGACCUGCUCGAGAUCGAUCGCUUCACCCUGUGUGGAAACCGCAUCCUUUAACCGCCGCAGCUUGAGCUCAGAGACCAGACCCAAACAGCGCUCGUCUCCGCGGUAGCGAGGCGGCGAGAUACACCGGCCAUGAGCGAGAUUCAGCCAGAGGAAUUGGGAUGGCUGUCCAUGGCAGCGUGGCAGAGUCACAUGACUGAGAGUCCUGACCGGGGGUCCAGCAUCCUCUUCUUGUUUUAGACUUGAAUAGAAAGAGAGAGAGAGCAUUUCAGUGCAGUGGAUCUGCGCUGUCUUGAACAUUCUGCUGUCACGUGAGAAAUUUCUGUCUGAAAAUGCCCGACAUUUGAGAAGGAAAAAAACAUGACCGUACAAGAGACGAUAAAUCAGUAGACUGGAGAUUUAAAUGGUAUAAUUGGGUAUAAUGAGUUAGAAAAUAUCACAGCUAUAAACCUAAUAAACAGGCAACCCAGCGUCGAUCUAUGCGUACAGGGGUCCAAGACGGAAACGGUGUACGAUGAAACGGCAGUAUUUCAAAAUCUAGACCUUUUUAUAAACUUCCAGGUUACAAAAAGGAAUAAAACCUCAAAAUAACACGCACUUUGCAUAGUACUUAAUAAUUAUUCAACGAAAUCGAGUCGUACAGGAGCCGACGAGGCGCGUAGCACCGAGAUUGAGUGCAAUAACUGUUUUAUUCACUGGAUUUUGAGAAACGGAGCAUUUUUAUUUUUGAUUUAUUUUUUUGCAAAUUUGAUAAAUGUCAAAACUUUAUACAGAACAUCAUCCGACAGAAUCAUUUCCGCUUAGAAUGUAAAUAAACCGGCGAAAUGACAGGAGCAAUUUGUGAAAAAAUGCGAUGAUAAUAAUAAAAUUCUUAAAAAAUAAAAAAGAUACAUUCUCACCAUCAAAUACUUUUCAUUCCAUAUUUUUUUUUUCCAAGUAGAGUUUUUAUUUCGUCCUCGGUUUGUUCAACAAGACACCCUGCCAUUUUGUUGGUUGGCAAACCAACUUAAAGGUGUAUUACUGCCACCAACUGGGCUGGAGUGUGGAACAGGAGAUAUUCUUUUAGCUAUUUCUGUUUCUUUUAAAUACUUGAUGACAAAGUGAUAUAUAUCUGACUUGAUGCACGCUGCCAUUUUGUUUUUCUCUACUCACGGUAUAUGAGCCGAUAUCCGACUAGUAGAGUAGCCAAUCAGAGCGUGCGAUUGCUGAAUGCGGAUAGAACAAUUGCAGAUUUUUCCUAUAACAGCAAAUGUUUAUCCCUCGUAUACCACAGCAGUUUGAUUUUUAUCUCGUUCCAGCUACAUUUAAUGAUGUGGUGCAGCUGUGAAAAGGAUUCCCGUUGUCUCUUAUGUUGAAGCAGCUAGAAACUAUUCAUCGUUCCGUUACCGAACCCGCUUCCCCACCUCUCUUCUGAAGAGUUUCCUUUAGUAGAAAUCUUAAAGGUUCAGCUUUACUCCUGACUCUUACAAAUCUCUGACACUGGAGACUCCUUCCGAAAACUGUAAAGAAAACACGACCACAAUAAUACAGUAAUUUGGACAUUUUUUUUUUUUCUUUUCUAAAUUUUUUUUUUCCCCCAGGUUUAUUAGGUUUAGAUGAAGUGGACCAUCCAUCAUACAAGUAUCUGUAAAUUAGCUGUUACUAUGGAAAUGAGAAUUUAAAACGACAGGUUUAUAUUAUUGUCCGCGUUCUGACGGCAUCUGACCUGCCAAUCAGAUUUGAGAAUUCAGCCGUGGUGUUGUAUAAAGAAAAUGAACAAAUGUACAGUUGUAACUCUGACAGCAAGAUAGAGAAAUUAAAAAAAAAAAAAUUUACAGUGAGAUUUUUAUAUAUUAAAUGAUGUAGUAGUCAUAGAUUUUGAUUAAACUUUCCAACUGGACAGGAAACCUCGAGCCGAAAAUUUGUCAAAAUAAUUAUUUAACGGUCUCAAAAAGCAUUUUCGCCUUGAACCCGUAAACACACUGCGUUGCUUGUUUAUUAAAUGUCAGUAUGGUAAGUAAUAAACCGUCAUUUUAAUGUAAUGCAUUCAGCCAGGUUUAGUACAGGCCUUUAACUAGUUGUCCUUGAUAGUGCCUAACGUGAUUCAUGCGAAUCCGGCUUGUUGCUGGCCACGUGGCUGGGACGCGGUUUAUCCGAGGUAGAGGUAAGAGUAGAAAAGGCUCGAAGCUCAAAGUGAGUUCUCUACUCAUCGUUUAACAUUCUACGACUCUUGUAUUCACGUUUUGAUGAAUUUCUGAUUUUAUUGACCACCGUGCCGUGAAGUUGGCAACGAGAAUAAAAGUAUUUUGAUUCAUUUGGGCAUUUAUGCUUACGAGAAAUUAACCGUUAAAUGUUUUAAUGAUUUAAUGAACCAGCAUGCCAUUAAUACUUCACUGAUUUGGAACAUGAUUCGUCUGUGGACGCAAAAUGAACGUGUUUCUUUAAUUAUCAGGAGCUGAGUGAUGUCACACACCAAGAAAGUAACGUUUGAUAACUUGAAUAUAAUAUAGUUUUGUUUAAGCACAAAACGAAUCCGAUGUCUUUGGAGUCAUUGAGGUGUUAAUGGUGUGCUGGGUCAUUAAAACGCUCAAGUUAAUUUCUCAAACCGUUUGAGCACAAAUGAAAUAAAAUACUUUUCUGAUCACAUGGGUGCCAUCUUGACGGAGGUUUUUUUUUUGUGGCAUUCAUCGUAGUGUAUUGUUUACCUUAAUUUACCAAAUUUGUCCAUGAUUUGGUUUUAGAAAGUUAAUCCGAAUCAAAUUACCCAGGGUGUUUCAAAAAAUGUGAUAUUAUUUGAGAUGUAAAUAUCCCAGUCGAGGCAAAUGAAAGUGAACAGGCUUAAUGUUGAGCGAUAUAUGAAAAUCUAUUCCUCAAAAUUUGAAUGAGAAAUUCAAAGGUAUGUGGAUUCCAUGAACGAGUUCACACGUUUUCAACAUGCGCACUUUUUGUGCCGUGUCCAAAUCUGCAUUGCAGUUAGUGCGUUUUUAGAGAAUUCUCUCUUAAAUGCACGCUGCACAGUCUUGUUCGAGCGUACUCGGACACACCUUUUCUUUUCCAGACCACGGCGCUUUUACGUAUACCUAAAAAGAUACAAACAUAAAAUUUGGACCCGUUUCCACACAUGCUGUUAAAAUUCGAGGUCAAUUGAACGAGAAUUGGCAAGGUUAUUCGACUGUGAAACGAUAUCAAAUUUUUUUUAAACACCCUGUAUAAUACACACACAGUACGGUACUGUGCAAAAGUCUUAGGCACAUGUAAAGAAAUGCUGUAGGUCAAAAAUGGCUUAAAAAUGUUUUAACAUUAAAAAAAAAUACUAUAAACAGUAAUCAAUAAGCUAUAAUAAAUGAAAGUCAGUAUUUGGUGUGAGACGAAAUUCCCUUUACAUUAAAAAAAAUAAUAAUAAUAGUAGUCUCAGGUUCGACAAUGAGCUGUAGGUUUUACUGAGCAUCUUCCAGAACCAGCCACAGUUCUUCUGGACACUUUGACGGUCACACUCACUUCUUCAUUUUGCACCAAAACCCAGCAGCCUUCAUUAUGCUUUCUUUUUUCAUCUGAAAAGUGCUCUCUUAUGGAAUAUGCUGCUCAGAUACAAACUUUUUUUUUUUCCCCCCGUAACAUUUCAUUUUGUGCUGGGGGGAAAAAAAACAACGAACGUUUGAAACACUUAAAAUGUUUUGACUCAAUGUAGAAGUCUCAUCUCAUUAUCUCUAGCCGCUUUAUCCUGUUCUACAGGGUCGCAGGCAAGCUGGAGCCUAUCCCAGCUGACUACGGGCGAAAGGCGGGGUACACCCUGGACAAGUCGCCAGGUCAUCACAGGGCUGACACAGAGACAAACAACCAUUCACACUCACAUUCGCACCUACGCUCAAUUUAGAGUCACCAGUUAACCUAACCUGCAUGUCUUUGGACUGUGGGGGAAACCGGAGCACCCGGAGGAAACCCACGCGGACACGGGGAGAACAUGCAAACUCCGCACAGAAAGGCCUUCGCCGGCCACGGGGCUCGAACCCGGACCUUCUUGCUGUGAGGCGACAGCGCUAACCACUUUUGCACAGUACAGUGUGUGUAUUCUCAAAGAAAAAAAUCCACCCUGAAUAACUUGCAGAAAUUGAAACUUAUUUCAAUCUGUUUUCACGUUGCUUGGCAGUUUCCUCCAUGAUCUCCCCACAAUGCCAUUUGAUUACCUACUUGCUAAUAGCGAUGCGUACAGAAAUUCAGCCCAAACUAAAAAGCGCGAUGCAGCGGCGCUUUACUAAUAUAGCCUGCCCAGUUCACUCUCCUCCUCAUCCAAAGCUUGUAUGUCGAUCCCACCAGCGCCGUUACACUUGAUCUAGCCGACCGGAAUCUCUGCCGAGGCGAUGUGUUUCAGGGUGGAGCGGUAUCCUUCACGAGUGCAUCAUAACCAGCUGAGAAAAAUGUUGCACUGAUUUACCACGGUGUCUUAGACGUUGUACUAUUUGCUUUAUCAUGGACAUGACAUGCGCUCUCCUGUUUACAUCGGGGAACGGGUAGAAGACUUGGAACACUGCCUCAUUCAUCGUGAAGUUUUUGACCAUUUGAUUUCUUUCUGCUUUGGUCAUCAUUACUACUGCGUUUGAUCGUCGUUACCGUUUUUACUUCAGUUCAGUUCAAAUAAUCAUUCCAUUUGCCAAUAAUGUGACUCUAAUGAAGAGAUAUGGUAUAGUAUACAGAUCUUAUCCUAGUAAUUUAUUCCGAGUGUUUAACACUUCAUUUGAUUUCAGGAAAUUUUUUUUUUCCGUCAUUUCAGGUUUUAUACAGAAGCACAUUAUGCAAGUCUCGCUCAUGAAACACAUUCCUAAUAGUAUUAAAGCUGAUUUUAUUCGUGUUGUCAUGAACAAAGGGUUGUGUUCGGGUCCAGACGGACUGCGUGCUCAUUUUCACACCAGCAACGCAGGGAAGGACCUCAGUAAUUUCAUUUGUGUGUGGUUUUUUUUUUUUUUUUGAAUGAUUAAUAAA